AUGCAUUUGCUGAGAACCUUGUUGCUACUGUCUCUGCUGGCCCCUCUCAGCGGCAGGAAGACCCAGGGUCGCGGCGGCAGAUGGAAAGGUCACACCGUGAGGCUGAGACUGGACCCCAAACUCCCCACAGGACUGCCCCCCCUCUCCAGCAGCAGCACCGCCAACAUGUCGCUGGCUCCAUGGGUCUACAAGACAGAGUGUGUGGCGUCCCGUGUGCCCCAGUGCCUGUCCCACGCUCGCUGCCUGACUUCAGGCUGUGUUCUGGGGGACAGCGGGUACGAGGACAGGAGCCUGGAGGCCAAACCCAUCUACUACCAGCUGCUGGUGAUCCAUAGAGUGCCGCGGCGCAGAUACAGGACGUCCCGGCAGCGUGUCCAGAGGAAGGGGUACGACUUCAGACUGGACACAGAGCUGGUGUCUGUCGGCUGUACCUGCGUCCGGCCCAUUGUGCUCUCACAAGACUGA